AUGAAAAUAAUUAGUUAAUAACUUUAUUCUUUAGUGCCCGAGAGGCCUCACUUCCCACAAGAGGAAGAAAAAGUUUUAGAAUACUGGAAUAAGAUUGAUGCUUUCCAGCAAUAAUUGAAGAGAACCGAGGGAAAACCGGAAUACACUUUCUAUGAUGGUCCCCCCUUCGCUACUGGUCUACCUCAUUACGGUCAUAUUGCUGCUGGUACAAUCAAGGAUGUUGUUACUAGAUAUGCAACUAUGAAAGGUCAUCACGUUGACAGAAGAUUCGGUUGGGAUUGCCACGGACUUCCAAUUGAAUAUGAAAUUGAUAAGAGAGAUAAGAUCAAUUCUCAAUUGGAAAGAGAACAGAUUGGAGUUAAGGAAUACAAUAGAAGAUGUAGAGAGAUUGUUAUGACUUACUCAAAAGAUUGGAGACAUUACGUUGGAAGAUUCGGAAGAUGGAUUGAUUUCGAUAGAGAUUAUAAAACUAUGGACUGUAAUUUCAUGGAGAGUGUCUGGUGGACUUUUAAACAAAUAUUCGAUAAGGGACUUGUCUACAGAGGUUCUAGAAUUAUGCCAUUCUCAACUGGAUGCACAACAGUUCUCUCAAACUUCGAAGCUGGUUCAAAUUAUAAAGAAGUGAAAGAUCCAGCUAUCAUUAUUACUUUCCCAAUGGUUGAUGAUCCAGAUACUAGCUUUAUUGCUUGGACAACUACUCCAUGGACCCUUCCCAGUAAUCUUGCUCUUGCCAUUAACCCAGAUUUCACUUACAUUAAGAUCAGAGACGACGAAAAGAAUCAAGUGUAUAUUCUCGCUGAAUGCAGACUUCAAUAUACCUUGAAGUAAGCCAACAUUAAGAAACACACUGUUCUAGAAACAACUAAGGGUGAAUAUCUUAUAGGAAAGAGCUAUAUUCCAUUAUUUGAUUACUACUCACACAUGAGAGAGGAAAAAUGUUUCUAAGUUAUAGGAGCUAAUUUUGUUACAUCCGAUACUGGUACUGGAAUUGUGCAUUGUGCCCCAGGCUUUGGUGAGGAAGAUUAUUAGGCUUGCUUAGCUAAUGGUCUUAUCCAACCAGGUUAAGCCCCUUGCCCAGUAGAUUUCGACGGAAAAUUCACAGACAUUAUUUCUGACUAUAAAGGAGUCUACAUUAAAACUGCAGAUGACUAGAUCAAAGCACACUUAAAGGAAAAGAAGAGACUAGUUUGCUAGAACAUUGAGGUUCAUAGUUAUCCUUUCUGCUGGAGAUCUCAAACUCCAUUGAUUUACAGAGCAAUUGAUACUUGGUUCAUUAAGGUUACAGAUAUAAAGGAUUAACUGCUCAAGAACAAUGAAAAUUCAAAGUGGGUUCCAGCUUUUGUUCAAGAAAAGAGAUUCCACAACUGGCUUAGAGAUGCUAAAGACUGGUGCUUCUCAAGAAACAGAUAUUGGGGUAAUCCAAUCCCAAUCUGGGCAUCAGAGGAUAUGGAAGAAAUCAUCUGUGUUGGUUCAAUUAAGGAACUUUAAGAAUUAUCAGGAUGUGGAGAAAUCACAGAUUUGCACAGAGAGUUUAUUGAUAACAUUACCAUUCCCUCAAAGAUGGGCAAAGGAGAGUUAAGAAGAAUUCCAGAAGUUUUUGAUUGCUGGUUUGAAUCUGGAUCUAUGCCAUUUGCUUAAGCACAUUACCCAUUCUCUAUUAGUGAGGAGGACUUCAACAAGAGAUUCCCUGCUAACUUCAUUGCUGAGGGAUUAGAUCAAACAAGAGGAUGGUUCUAUACUCUGAUGGUUAUCUCAACAGCUGUUAAAGGCUGCGAGCCAUUCAAAAACCUUAUUGUCAAUGGUAUUGUAUUAGCUGAGGAUGGUUAAAAGAUGUCAAAGAGUAAGAAAAAUUAUCCAGAUCCACUAGAAAUUGCACACAACUUCGGUGCUGACGCUUGCAGAUUAUAUCUUUGCAAUAGUCCAGUUGUUAGAGCUGAACCUCUUAAAUUCAAAUCAGAGGGAGUCAAUGAUAUUGUUAAAUAUGUCUUCUUGCCUUGGUUCAACGCCUAUAGAUUCCUUAUCCAAAACAUUUCAAGAUGGGAAAAGAGCACCCAGCAAAAUUUCACAUAUGAUCCAAAAAUGAAGGAAAGAUUAUUUGCCUCAGAGGAUUCAAACAUUAUGGAUAAAUGGAUUAUUGCCUCAAAUCAAAAUCUAAUCAAGUAUGUAAGAAAUGAGAUGGAUAACUAUAGGCUUUACAAUGUAGUAAAGCAUUUACUCCACUUCUUAGAAGAGCUUACCAACUGGUAUGUGAGAUUAAACAGAUCAAGAAUGAAGGGUGAAGAAGGUCAUGAUGACUAAUUGACCAGCUUGAAUAUUUUGUUUGAUGUACUUCUCAAUACAACUACCAUGAUAUCAUGUGUUACUCCUUUCCUCAGUGAGUACAUCUAUCAAAAUUUGAGAAAUGGUAUUGAUAAAAAUGAUACUACAUUGCAAGUUGAUUCAAUCCAUUUCCUUUCAAUUCCAGAUUUUAACGAGGCCCUUAUUAAUGAAAGAAUUGAGAGCAUGGUUCAAAAGAUGCAAUCCACAAUUGAAUCUGGAAGAAAAAUUAGAGACAAUAGCAAUAUCUCAGUUAAAAACCCAUUAAGCAAGGUUACUUUAGUUGAGUCUGAUAAACAAACUAUUGAAGAUCUAUAGAAGGUUCAACAAUAUAUCAAAGAAGAAUUGAAUUGCCUUGACUUCCAAAUUGAGCAAAAUGAGGAAGCAUUCAUUCAAUAUAUAUCUGAUCCAGAUCAUAGAGAAAUGGGAUAAGCUUUGAAAAAGCAAUAUACAAAGCAGCUAAAGGAAAAAGUGUCAAACUUGUCAAGAGAUCAAGCAGUUGAGUAUCUUAAGAAUGGUAAAGUUACUAUUGAUGGAGUUGAAAUCCAAGAAGGAUGGCUAAAGAUUACUAAAAGAUUCAACGAUUAGAUCAAGCAAGAUAAGAAUCUUGGAUCUGAUUGCAAUGAACAAACUAGUGUUAUUCUUGACUUGAGAAUUGACGAAAAUCUUAAGGGUAUGGGAAUUGCCAGAGAGAUUGUCAAUAAAAUCUAAAAACUUAGAAAAGCAGCAAAAUUAAACAUCGAUGACGUUGUUGAAAUCUACUACGAGUAUGCCAAUGGUUCUGCUUUCGAAAAAAUUGUAAGCGACAAUUAAAAGACUAUGAAGACUGCUGUUAAGGUGCCAUUCCUUAAUCAUUCUACUAGACCAUCUCAUAGUGUUCAAAUCGCUGAGACUGAAUAUGCAAACCCUAAUAAUGAGAAAGAUGUUAUCAAGCUUAGAAUUUGCAACCCAGUCUUUUCUUUUGAUGAGACUAAGCUAAGUGAAAAAUAUGGAGCUCACAACAUUGAAAAAGUUAAUUUCGUAAAUGAUAUCAAGAGCUUUGUCCUCGCCCACAAUGUUGAAUCUUUGAAAAAGAAACUUCAAGAAAACAAUGGAGUCCUAAGAUUUAAGUUGAAUGGUACACAUGUAGAGUUGACUCACAAAGAAGACUUCUUCUUCUCUACAAUGGAGCACGUUCAUCAUCACAACCUGUGA